UUUUUUUGUUGACCUUGUCUUGUUGAUUUCCCUGCUAGCAGAGGCCUCUUUUCUCUGUAUUUCGCUGGGCUUGGAAGAAAAGCUCUGUCCUCCUAGAUUUACAUAAGUUCCUCUGAUCUUCUUAUCUACAACUGCUGCUGUGAAAGCUCCACUCCAGCUAAGAGCACACGUGGGAGAAGAUCAUUCCUACGGGGUUUCUUUACAAAGAAAUCGUCGCUUAAUCCCCAUUGGGCCACACAAACGCGCUCGUGUCUCAAAAGACCAUGCAAUGUGAGACGAUCAAAUUGAGCAAGGUCACGGUUGAAAGGGUAAAACAAAAAGAUUAUUGGACUUUGAGGAGCUGCAAUGCAAGAUAUUAAAACAUAACUAUAAAUUUUAGUUUCUUGAGAUCUCUAUCACUAUGGCCAAAAGUGGUUCAGAUGAUAAGACAGGGAACUGUCAGGCUGAUUCUAAUAAUAUUAUCGGACUUGAAGAUGUCCCCCUGGGUGAUUAUGAUGAUCGCAAUGAUAAUGAUCAUGAUGCUAGUGCUAACACUAACCUUCUCAAGAACUCUCCAUCACCAAUACAAUGGCGGAAUUCAAAAGGGAUUAUUCCAACCCCUAUGAAGGAUGCUUGGUGCUUCUCUAAAUAUGUGUCAUUCUGGUGGAUGAAUAGUUUGUUGGCCCUUGGGAACAAAAGACCCCUAGAAGACAGUGAUUUGUACGGCUUGUUACCAGAAGACAGCACUGAAGUACUAGCCCAUUCCUUGUUCAAUGCUUGGGAUGUAGAAAUCAAGCGUUAUAAGCAGGAAAAGCGGAGACCAAGUCUUGUGAGGGCACUGAUUAAUGCCUUUGGCAAGGGUUAUGCUGCCUUGGGACUAUUUCCUCUAUUUGCGGAUGGUUUAGGAAUCCUUCAACCCAUUCUCCUUGGUUCCCUUGUGACGUAUUUCGUAGAGGACUCGCCUAUCACAAAGAAAGAGGCUUAUCUUUAUGCCGCAGGUGUAGGGCUGUGUGGAUUAUUUAUCCUUCUGUUUAAUGUCCCCUUUGCCUUUAUGAAGAAUGUGUAUGGCAUGAGAGUCAGGGCAGCAUGCACUGCGUUAAUCUAUAAAAAGGUUCUUCAUCUGAGUAGAACUGCUUUAGCUUCAACUACUACUGGUAAUCUCAUCAAUUUGGUUUCAGCAGAUGCUCAGAAGUUUGACUGGACAGCUCCAUUCCUGCAUUACCUUAUACUUGGGCCUCUAGAAGUGGGUGUGGUCGCAGUGUUGUUGUGGUAUCAGAUUGGCCCUGCUGCAUUGGCUGGAGUGGGGCUUCUGGUUUGUCUUGCUCCUAUGCAAGUCAAGAUGGGCAAUGCGUUGAUGUCCCUAAGGAGUAAAGCUAUUCAUUGGAUGGAUGAGCGUGUCAAGAUUAUGAAUGAAAUUAUUGCUGGCAUGAGAGUCAUCAAGAUGUACACUUGGGAGGAUUCAUUUGCCAAACUCAUCAUGCAUCUCAGAAAGAACGAGUUGAAAUGGUUCCUACGGAUGGCAUACAUUCAAGGAGCGUUUGCAUCGUUCUUCUUCAGUUCUGCCGGUCUAAUCUACUUCACUACCUUUCUCGUGUACGUACUGACGGGGGAGGUGUUGACAGCCGCCAAGGUCUUCACCUGUGUCUCGCUAUUCAACUCUGUGCGCAUCGUCUGCGCCUUGUUUUUCCCCUUUGCCAUCACUUUGUUCAAUGAAAGCAGAGUGUCUCUUAAACGCUUUGAGGAAGCGCUUCUCCUGGAUGAAAUGCACUCGGAAGGACUUGUGAAGUCCACGCUCAGACCCAAAGCAGAAGAAUGCGGUGUCUUUGUCAAGAAAGCGAGUGCGACAUGGAAUAAGGAAAUAGCGAUUCCUACGCUGGAUGGCCUGUCUUUUGACGUACCCUCUGGCUGUCUUCUUGGAGUUAUAGGAGCUGUCGGGUCCGGAAAGUCCUCUCUUCUGAAUGCAAUUCUCGGCGAGCUGCCUCUAUCCGAGGGCUCUAUCCGAGUACAGGGCCGUGUGGCAUAUGCUUCCCAGCAGGCCUGGGUCUACAACAGUACAUUACGUCACAACAUCCUCUUUGGCAAGGAAUACGACGAGCACAGAUACAAUGACGUCAUCAAGGCAUGCACGUUAGACAAGGAUUUUGAGCUGCUAAGUGAGGGUGACGAAACACUCGUGGGGGAGAGGGGAGUGUCGCUAAGUGGAGGCCAGAGGGCCAGGAUAAGUCUAGCCAGGGCUGUGUACGCUGAUGGUGAUAUCUAUCUACUGGAUGACCCUCUCAGCGCGGUGGACGCAAAUGUCGGACGACAUCUCUUCCAAGAGUGUAUCUGCACCUACUUGAAGGACAAAGCGCGUAUUUUAGUUACCCAUCAGCUGCAGUUCCUCAAAGACGCGGAUGAGAUCAUGGUACUACAACAGGGCCAAUGCAUCGACAAGGGCACCUAUCAACAGCUCUCAAGGAACGACUCGGGAUUCCUGUCUCUCCUGGCAGAGGAGGUCGAGGAAGAGACUGGUAACGAGAGCGACGGCGACGAUGGAAGCACGAGGUUCGGUCGCCCAGUCAGCAAACAGCUCUCCGUAGAGGAAGUGGUUCGAAAACGAGCUGGCAAUGUUGUGGAUAGCUGCAUGUCAAUCAUGUCGGCUGCUACUACGCUAACAGUUUAUGAGAAUAAGCUGCCCCCCGAGGAGACGAAGCAAGAGGGCGCCGUGAGCCGCCAGACCUACGCCGCCUACCUGCGCUCCUUCCACGACCUGGGCACUGGCGUCUUCCUCAUAUUCCUCUUUGCCAUGUGCCAGGUAAUGUUAAUGUUUGGAGACGUGUGGCUUGCGAAUUGGGCUAACCGUGAGGAGGUUUACUCCAUGACACUGGCGUCUUGGAAUGCGUCGUCUAACACGACGUCUCCGUCCCGUCCUGACCUACAUUACUACCUAAGCGUGUACGCCGCGCUAGUUUUCGGUCUCUUCGUGCUGUGUCUCAUUUGUACCAUGUCGUACUACUGGUUCACGAUAGUAGCCUCGCGGAACCUUCACAACGGCAUGUUCCACAGCCUCAUUCACACCAAUAUGCACUUCUUCGAUAAUAAUUCUAUAGGUCGCAUUCUUAAUAGAUUUUCCAAGGACAUUGGGGUCAUUGAUGACUUCAUGCCGUGGAUGUUGUGUGACGUUCUUCAAAUCGGCUUCUCGUGCCUCGGUAUCAUGUGUCUUGUCGCUGCUAGUAAUCCUGUGUCCAUCGCCAUCGUACUUCCGGUUAUUUGCUUAUUCUUCUACUUCCGGAACUACUUCAUGAAGUCCUCAAGAGAGAUGAAGAGAAUCGAGGGAAUAAAUCGAAGUCCCUUGUUUGGACACUUCUCCACUACACUUCUAGGCAUUGACACGAUCCGUGCAUACGGGGUCGAGGCAACAUUCACAGACCAGUUCAACUCGUUUCAUGACGCGCACUCUCGCGCCUGGUACGCAUACCUCGCUGGGCAAUCAUGGCUGACCUGUAGACUGCAGGCUCUUGGUGUUGUCUUCCUGCUCUUCAUCGUUUUGGGAUUACCAGCUUUAAAAGAUGCCCUAGGUCUAAGUGCUGGUACUGUGGGCCUUAUUUUAUCCUACUCUAUCAUGCUGGCCAAGCUGUUUGAGCCUUUUGUUGAGGAAAGUGCUGAAGUGGAGAAUAUAAUGACGUCAGUUGAGCGAGUUGUCGAAUACACCAGCCUCCCCCCCGAGGGGGAGAAAGUGACGGAUGUGAUACCGCCCCCUGAUUGGCCAGAUAAGGGGAAGAUCACGUUUGACAACAUGUCAUUCUCGUACCACCAGUCACUGCCGGAAGUGCUGCACAACGUCACGUGUGUCAUUAAACCUAGUGAAAAGGUUGGAGUUGUGGGCCGCACUGGGGCAGGCAAAUCCUCGCUACUGUCCACUCUUUUCCGUUUGGCCGAGCCCAAGGGUUUGAUUGACAUCGAUGGCAUCAACAUCAGGAAGUUGGGUUUGAAGGACCUCCGUAGUAAGCUGUCAAUCAUUCCUCAGGACCCAGUGCUCUUCAGCGGUACUAUGCGCAAGAAUUUGGAUCCGUUCAGUGAGCAUCCUGACUCGGGGCUGUGGAAGGUCCUUGACGAGGUCCAGCUGAAGCAGCCGGUUGAGGAUCUGCCAGGAAAACUAGACGAGGAACUCGCUGAGGCUGGCUCAAACUUCAGCGUGGGUCAGCGCCAACUCGUCUGCUUAGCACGCGCAAUACUCCGACACAGCCGAAUUUUGGUAAUCGACGAAGCGACGGCGAAUGUGGACCCACGAACCGACGCCCUUAUUCAGGAGACCAUCCGGGACAAGUUCCAGGACUGCACGGUACUCACGAUUGCUCAUCGUCUCCACACUAUCAUGGACUCGGAUCGCGUCAUGGUCCUAGAUGCCGGGCGACUAGUAGAGUUCGACGCUCCCUAUAAGCUCCUCAAGAAACGUAACACGAUAUUCUCUGGACUCGUAGAGCAGACAGGCGGCACCGAAGCGAAGAGACUAUUCGACAUUGCUCAACAGACCUUUUACAAGCAGAUGGAGGCCUUGAAAGAGGAGAGUGAGGGACGAUCUAGUGACGAUGAAGCGAAAGUCAAGAGCGAAGAUUCCAAGGAAAGCAAUGAUGUCGAAUGCGAAGAUUCCAAGGAAAGCAAUGAUGUCGAAUGCGAAGAUUCCAAGGAAAGCAAUGAUGUCGAAUGCAAAGAUUCCAAGGAAAGCAAUGAUGAUGUUGAAUGCGAAGAUUCCGAAAAAGGCAGAGGAGAUUCCGAGGAAAGUUAUAAUGCCCAAGGCGGAUUUUUCACUCAAACCAGCGAUGGAAAGCAUGACUCCAAACAACGUGGCGUCUGCAAUGAGGACUCUAAUAAAGAUAACGUCGAUACUUAUUCCAAGAAAAUUGGAUGCGGUGUUGAUAAUUCCAAGAAAAUUGAUGAUUCUGAGAAAGGUGAAGCUAAAGAAGAUGAUGGAGUCCCUGCUGAUGAAGCAGUACCACAACAAGGACAAGUAAGCGAGGAGUGUUAUAAGGGUGUUGUUGAUGAUGAUGAUGAUGAUGAUGAUGAUGAUAAUGAUGAUGAUGAUGAGAACGAUGUUAGAAAAACACUCUUGGGAUCGGAGACAGCUGAUGAAAAUAGAGGAGAAUCUGUUUAUUCAUUUCAUGAUGCUGAUGAUGAAAUUGGUGAUGUCGAUGAUGCUAGAGAUGUUUUAAUAAAAUCUGGUCAUAAACUGUCACAACCAGGGAAAAUGGAUGAUGCCAAUAUAUAGGUUUUAAGGAUAACAAAUUUAGUCAUGAAAAUUGAAUCAAUUUUGUCGCUAAUGAUGAUUAGUGUAAUUUAUUUAUAAUUCAAAAUUGCAAAAAUAAUGUCAGCAAACGAUAUUAAAGACAGUUUUAAUUUAUUUAUAGCUUUUCAUUUAUACAUUAAUUUAUAGAGUAUCCCAUCGGAUGAGGCCGAAUUCGUUAGUUCAUUUUCGAAUGACGUCUCGAAGUGUUUUACACUAGAUUAUUUCAAGUACACGCUCUACUCCAGUUAUUUUUCUUAGAAUAUUGUACCGAGUUAUUGAAAAAUAGACGAGAAUAAGGAUAUAUGGAUCCUUUUAGCGAGACAGUAUAUGAUACACAUCUAUUUCAAUAAAUAUUGUCAGUGUUAGCGGCAAAUAGCGAUUGGCAAAUGGCUAUUCCACAACCAUGGGCUCUCAUAUUUGAACCAACUGCAGGAAAAUAUGGAGUAAUCAUACAAUAAUCAAUUUAAGGCUAUUGAUGUUUUUAGUUCUGGUAUCGCUGGAGUCCAAUUUUCAUUUAUAAACAGCUUUCAGUCUUUGAGCUGCCAUAUGCCAUUCGCCGUUUGCACUUUAUUUUAAAACUGAUAUUUUUUAAUUAGGUGUAUUUAGAUCGCUGGUUAUUGAACAAUUGUAAUUCUU